CAAAUGCAAGGCUAACGGUUCGUUUGCAUGGCCGCUGGAUGCACAAAUCCACAGACAAAACAAUAAAAUCCCUCUUUCGACAAUUCCUCGAGUUUCAUCGUCCUCAGACAUCCAUCUGCCUCGUGGCCGCCCUCCCCCUGCUCGCCCGCGCAAACCCUCCUCCUCCUACUCCCAUCCUCGUCCACCACAAGCAUCAUCUGACUCUAUUUAAAUCCCGACUAUUGCUCCUCCUAAUUACGCCAUCCCACGCCAUCUCCAGCUUUUGUCCUACUGCCGAGAACCGAACCAUCCCCCGCCCUCAGCCUGCUGCCACCUGCCACCUGCCAUUGACGGCCCGGGCCUGGAAAGCCCCCGGUCAAGGUCUCGAACUCCUGUCCCUCAGUGGCUUCAAAUCCCUCCUCGUGUGGCCUGUUUGAGGCUUGGAGCCACUUUUCCCUCCCCCCUCAUCCUCGUCCACAGGUCUCAUCUGUGGAUUCUCGAGCCCGCUGUUUCCGGCGUCGACGUCAAAAGCAGAGGCUAUUGUUGAUACCUAAUUUGGCCCAAGGUCAACAGGGACCCUCCUUCCUCUGGCACCUGCCAGUUUCACCCUCCAACUGAGCAGGAGCUGAUCAUUAAAAAGCCAUUUCUCUGUCUUCAGCGUCCUCUCCCCAACCCUCCCAGGCGUUCAGCGUUUCCUUGUUCUCGUCUUCUUGCGCCUUGCCAUCUGCUAGAUUAUUCUGUUGCGGCCAUGUCCGACCAGAACGGGACACUCAAUGGCACCUCCAAACCGUCAGUGUUGAUAGUGGGGGGUCUCGGAUACAUUGGUCGCUUUCUGUCAAAAUACAUCCAUACGCAGAACCUAGCCUCCUCCGUUCGCCUCGUUGACAAGGUCCUCCCCCAGCUCGCCCAUCUUGCUCCCGAAUUCAGCGAAGCAUGCUCCCCAGACAAGUUCAUACAGGCCGAUGCCUCUCGCGAGACCUCGAUGGCUCGUAUCUUCGAGCAUCCCGAUGGGCCUGACAAAGCCUGGGACUUUGUCUUCAACUGCGCUGGCGAGACGGCUUGGUCCCAGACGUCGGAAAUAUACAAACUGCGCUCCUGGCAGCUGAGUGUGACGCUGGCGAACGAGGCAGCCAAACGCCGCGUGAAGUCCUUCGUUGAGGUCAGCACAGGCAUGGUGUAUGCUCCGAAUCGUGCCCCGCGAAACGAGCAAGACAAGUUGAAGCCGUGGCUGAAACUGGCCAAGGUGAAGCUAGAAGCGGAACAAGAGCUAUCGAGAAUACCGGGUUUGAACUUGAUCAUCCUGCGUCUGGCGCAUGUCUAUGGACAGUAUGAUUCGAAAUUCAUUGCCAAAGGACUAUGUCUGGCUCGGGUCUAUCAGGAACAGCAAAAGGAGCUGAAAUGGCUCUGGACUGAGGACUUGAGGAUCAACACGGUUCAUGUGGAAGACGUUGCGCGAGCCUUGUGGGCAGCGGCAGAGUGGAGGUCACAGAAUUCAACUAUCCCGUCAUCUUCUUCUCCUACAAUCACUCGGAGACCGACACUCACCAAGGGAGAGGACGCCCCAAGCGGCAACGUACCCAUCUUCAACAUUGUCGACCACGGUGAGACGAGCCAGGGUAAAUUUGCCGACAUUGUUUCCAAGGUUUUCGACAUCAAGACCGGGUUCCAGGGAACGAUCAUAUCCUCUUUCGCAAAGAUGAAUCUCGAGCACGUCGUCGAUGAUCUAAACGAGGACAUCCUUCAGCCGUGGGCCGAUAUGCUCGAGAAAAAUGGCAUCACGAAACCUGGCCCCCUCAGUCCUUUCUUGGAAAAGGAGUUGCUCAAAGACACAGACCUGAGUCUCGACGGCAGUCUGUUCGAACGCGUCGUGGGCUUCAACUACGAGCGUCCCGAAGGCCUGACGGUGGAAGGUGUGAAAGAGAUGAUUUCAAGUUAUGAGAAGAUGGGCUGGUGGCCCUGAUGCGUGUUUCUUUCAAGCGUCUUUCCUCGCAUUCCAGCCUCAUACUCGUAUCAAAGCACGGACGCAACUAUUUUGGGACUUUAUCGCUUUUCCCCUCGGGUUCACCUUACCCAGGUGUAUAUGCUUUUGGGACAUCGGUUGCCGAGAAGGCCUUCUAGUGUCAUUCACCUUUUCAGUCAAAACAUGCAUUCACGGCCUUCAGACAUUCUAUUCCAGCCAAGAACGAAACCAGAAACCGAAACGAAACAACCUCUACGCUGAGGAUUACGCUGUACAUAAUGAACGAGAAGAAUGUUGGACGAGCGAAGUGAGCGCCUUUUGCAGACAGAGCUUAAUCGUGUGAUUGAGGGUACAGGAGCAUUAUUAUUAGUAUUACUGGGCAUGGUAGGAUAAGGUAGAUAUUCUGCUGUAAUGGAGGCCGGUUGUAUCCUGAAAGAAAAGCAGACAAAUGCCUCUCGAGCCGCGCCUGUCGAGCCGCUCGCUGCCGAAGAAGUUACCGCACCUUGACAUCUUGAUGUGACUGCAGUGCCACCAUUUCUUCUCUUGACCCUCCCUCCAACCCUCAGGAAUGGUACCAAUCAUCGAGCCAUCAAGC